UAUGCAUCACCCUCUUCCCCCGCAGCCUCUCUGUGUGUGAGGGAAGGUGCGUGUGGUUAAUAGAUGUGUGUGUGUGUGUAAGUACGCGCGUAGUUGAGUUUUUUUGUCUCAUCUGAGAGCAUCCCUGCCGGCCCUGUGUGACGGGCCCUUUCAGCUCCGUCGCGCGCGUUGGGCCUGCCAGUUGUGACGCCCCACAUCUCCACACACAGACGCGCACAAACACAGACACACACACACCCCUCUUGGCCAAGACCUGCCGCCGCCGCCAUGUCCUCGCCGUCGUCUGGAGAACAGUAUGAAGAAGAGGAGGACGGCGCGUACGAGACUCAGGCCAAGCGGUUGAAGCCGAGCGCGGCCGCGGAAGAAGGCGAGAUCGAAUAUGGGGCCGAGGAAGGCGAGAGCCGCCGAGAGAAGGCCGCCCCACGCAGCGGGGGUUUCUCCGGCGGGGAUGCAGGUGGUAGUCAUCAUAAAGUUUCUGUUUCUCCCGUUGUCCAUGUGAGAGGCCUCUGUGAAUCAGUUGUGGAAGCAGACCUUGUGGAGGCCCUUGAAAAAUUUGGAACCAUAUGUUAUGUGAUGAUGAUGCCAUUUAAACGUCAAGCUUUGGUAGAAUUUGAAGAUAUUGAAAGUGCCAAAAAGUGUGUGACAUUUGCAGCAGAUGAACCAGUAUAUAUAGCUGGACAACAAGCAUUUUUCAACUACUCUACAAGCAAAAGAAUUACUCGGCCAGGAAAUACAGAUGACCCCUCUGGAGGAAAUAAAGUUCUUCUCUUGUCAAUUCAGAAUCCUCUGUAUCCAAUUACUGUGGAUGUUUUGUAUACAGUAUGCAAUCCUGUUGGGAAAGUGCAGCGUAUUGUCAUAUUCAAGAGAAAUGGAAUACAAGCCAUGGUUGAAUUUGAAUCAGUUCUUUGUGCUCAGAAGGCAAAAGCAGCACUCAACGGAGCGGAUAUAUAUGCAGGAUGCUGUACACUAAAAAUUGAAUAUGCAAGGCCAACUCGUCUUAAUGUCAUUCGAAAUGACAAUGAUAGUUGGGAUUAUACUAAACCAUAUCUGGGCAGACGAGACAGAGGGAAAGGGCGUCAGAGACAAGCAAUUUUAGGAGAACACCCAUCAUCAUUUAGGCAUGAUGGCUAUGGAUCGCAUGGCCCUCUGUUACCAUUACCAAGCCGAUACCGAAUGGCAUCGCGUGAUACUCCAGAACUUGUUGCUUACCCACUUCCUCAGGCCUCCUCCUCUUACAUGCAUGGAGGGAACCCCUCAGGUUCUGUUGUCAUGGUUAGUGGAUUACAUCAGCAAAAGAUGAACUGCUCAAGAGUCUUCAACUUGUUCUGUUUGUAUGGAAAUAUUGAAAAGGUGAAGUUCAUGAAGACUAUUCCAGGCACAGCACUAGUAGAAAUGGGUGAUGAAUAUGCUGUUGAAAGGGCAGUCACACACCUUAAUAACGUCAAAUUAUUUGGGAAAAGGCUUAAUGUUUGUGUGUCCAAACAGCAUUCAGUUGUUCCUAGUCAGAUAUUUGAGCUGGAAGAUGGGACAAGUAGCUAUAAAGAUUUUGCAAUGAGCAAGAACAAUCGCUUCACCAGUGCUGGCCAAGCAUCCAAGAAUAUCAUCCAGCCACCAUCUUGUGUCUUGCAUUAUUAUAAUGUUCCUCUGUGUGUGACUGAAGAGACCUUCGUAAAGCUAUGUGAUGAUCAUGAAGUCCAGCCUUUUAUCAAAUACAAAGUAUUUGAUCCAAAACCUUCAGCCAAAACACUUUCCGGUCUGUUGGAGUGGCAGUGUAAGACAGACGCAGUGGAAGCUCUCACAGUACUUAAUCACUACCAGAUAAGAGUCCCAAAUGGCUCUAAUCCAUAUACCUUGAAGCUUUGUUUCUCUACUUCCUCCCAUUUGUAGAGCAGAGGAACAGCAUGUUAGGAGUUCGUUCCAUCUUUACUUAUGAAAGUUGGCAUGAUCACAGGAACUAAACUUCUUGCUCAAUUUCCCUGUCUAACUUAAGUUCAUUUGUUUUAUAAUAAAUGAAUGUGAUAAAAAAGUCAGUUUUUUCCUUUGCCUCUAAGAAGUAGGUGUCUUAGUACAUUACGUAGAACAUAUUAACCUGUGUAACUGUUAUCUACAGGUGGUUAAACUGCCUUCUGGGUAGCAUGUGCAAAUAAAUUGUAUACAGUUCCAGACCUUAAAUCAGUUUCCAUUCAACAUUUUCAUUUACAAUGGGUAUUUUUCACCUAGUCUUUAAUGACAAAUAAAAUAUGCUAGAAUGUUAGCUGGAAAAAAACUAGUUACUACUAUUCACUAAAUUGUUAUAUGUUGUCACAGUUCACGAGUUGCAUUUCUAAAACCUUGUCAAAUCAUAUGGCUUGGUUUAAGCUAUGCCAUGGUGUAUGAGUUUUGUACAGAAAGGAAAAAAAUUAAUACAAUUUUCCCCAGAAUAGAUUUAAAUAUAUUCUAAACAGUAUCUUUUCAGAAUAAUUUUGACUCACAUUAACAUGAUGUCCUUGUUGCUUACCCUACCCUAGAAAUAUUUGCAAAAAUAAACUCUUCAAACUGUGUUAAUAAAUUCUGAUUUACCUCAUGUUAACAAUUGCUGAUAAAAUAAAUGAAACUGAUU